AUGCAGCUCCAGAAUGUGUUCAUCGCAGCUGCCGGGCUUUUUCAGCUUUCAGCAGCUGCCGAUAAUGUCCAGGCAUUCCAAAAAGUUGAGUUUAGUAAUGUCGGUUUUACGGGUUCUUACACACCAGUAACGUCUAUCAAAAACCCAGACACUGAUAAAUGUUCAUGUUCUGUAGGAUCCAAGGAUUGGUUUUCUGGCUCGAGUGCCCCUAUUUCCGAGGCAGUCUCUGUGCAUUUCCGUGGACCUUUGAAACUCAAUAAGUUUGCAUUCUACAAUGCUUCGUCGUUCACAGUGGGCAACACAGACAACUCCUCGAGCUGGAAUCGAGUGGCAUAUUUCGACGCUAGUAGUCAAACGGGCGAAAACGUUACAUUUUUGACCAAAGCUGGCACGGACUCGCCAGUGCUUGGACAGGCACUCACUUUUGCAGGUUCUGAUGGUGUUUCGUCGUCCAAGACCGCUGCCUAUCUUGCUAACGAUAAUUUGAUCAAAUCCGACCAAGAGUACACUAUUUUCUCGAACGUUAGCUGCCCUAAAUCGAGCACAAAGAACUCGUGUGGUGUUUACCGGAAAGGCAUUCCUGCUUUCCACGGUUUCGAAGCCGACACCAAGAUGUUCCUGUUCGAUUUCGAAAUGCCCACUGAAACUCAAAACAACGGAUCGAGCUUUAAAUACUACGACAUGCCAGCCAUUUGGUUGCUAAACGACCAAAUCCCAAGGACCUCGCAGUACCCUACGAACGCCAACUGUUCGUGCUGGGCCAGCGGAUGCGGAGAAUUCGAUAUUUUCGAAGUCAUGAACGGAACUGAGAGAAAUCAUCUGUACUCCACGUUCCACACAUUCCAGGGCAUCGAAGAUUUAGGAACCGGUAUCCAGGCUGGUGGCUACAUUUCCAGGAACACCUCGGGUAGUAUGCAGGGUGGUGUGGUAUUCGACUCCACCGGGAACACUGUGGUUUUCGUUUCGAAUAACACUUCUUUCGACCAAACCAUCAGUGCCGACACUUUAAACAACCUGCUAUCUUCCUACAACCAAGAUGAGAGCUAUAGCACCAAGCUGGCCACCAUAUCUGCCACUGCGCCAUCUACUACUUCUAAGUCCAACGCCUAUGCCCUAUUUGAAAAAGGACCCGGAAAAUUGUGGUUCUACGCCUUCACUUUCCUGACAAGCGUUGCCCAUACAGUCUUAUUCUGA